AUGAGUGAAAUCUCAGGAGGAAGCAGAUCCGUACUUCUAUUAUUCUUCCUUUCACUUUCUCUUCUUUUCAUUUCAGGUAUCUCAGAUGACUCAUCCGGUGCAAAAAAUGGGACGAAGGCUGAUCCGCAUGCUGCUUCCAAAAACAAUGAUGGGCCCGAGAUUGCCAUUGUGUUUGUUUUCGUUGUGGCAAUAGGGUUCUUUGCACUUUUCCUUUUCAAGUUUUGGCAAAAGAAGAAAAGGGAAGAGCAGUAUGCCCGUCUUUUGAAGUUGUUCGAAGAGGAUGAUGAGCUUGAAGUUGAACUUGGCCUUCGAGAUUGA